CCAGGCCAGCCGGGUGUUUGCAACCGUUGGUACCGUGUCAAGCCAGGCGACUCUUGCCAGACAAUCUCAGAGCGUUCUGGUGUCUCAAUUUCUCUAGAUGAGCUGUUGGCUUGGAAUCCUGAGCUGAAAAAAGACUGCGAGCACCCUCUAAUUGACUACUGGGUCUGCGUGGGAAUUCCAGGCGGCUCUGGUAUGACUCUGGUCUACCCCACUGGCUCGUUUAAUGUUUCCAUUCCGCCAUACGCCUCAUGGACUCCAACCCCGACUCGAAACAUUACCUUCGAGCCAGUUGUUCCUGCCCCGACACAGGCUAGUCUAGUCCCGAGCUGUCAGUCCUUCUACAAGGCUGCUGCGAAUGAUACUUGCGAUAACAUCCUACUCAAACACGGUCUACUGAAUGAGAAGCUUCUUCAUCAGUGGAACCCUGCUCUCAAGGAUGACUGUUCCGGUUUGAGGCCCGGGUAUUACUACUGCAUCGCUGCCUAUGACAACCUCCCACUUCCUCCACAUGUUACCACUCCGCCCCAGCCGACGCCGCAGGGCACAGCGAAGAAUUGCACCACUUGGUACCAGACCGACAAGGAAGAUACCUGCAGCUUGAUUGUGACUACGUUUGGCACGUUCUCGCGAGAGCAGUUCGUGUCUUGGAAUCCUAACCUUGGAAGAGAGUGUCUUAAACUUAUCCCUGGAUACUAUUACUGUGUUGGUGAUGCAUCGACCCCCUCAACUCGUACUGCCAAACUUCCUGCACCCACCGAUUUCCCCACCUCCUGUCCCCAUCAACCUCGAGUAACUCGUGAUUGUAUCAAGUGGUGGCUAGUCGGACCGACCGAUACAUGUCUUCUGAUCACUCUGGCCAACGGUAUCUCCGUCAAGGACUUCUAUGCCUGGAAUCCUGAUGUGGUGGGUCCCAACAAAAUGUGUGAAUACCUGCCUGCAGGAUUUGAGGUCUGUGCGGGUAUUGCUGCCUCUGCACCGAGCAGUAAACCUACCCCUUCUCCCUCUAGCACU